AAUUGCACAAAUAAUAGGCCCAUAGGCCUAUUACAGCUGUCUUUUUUUUGUUAGUUCUUUAAUUUCCUUAGUUUUUAUUUUUCAUAUUUCUUCGCCCCGGCCCCCAUGCCUAUAUAUCCCCAUCGCUUUACGGUAUUUACAGCGGUGGGCUAAAUUUUAUUUCUAGAAAGAUUUCAAUUACAUAAAAAAAAAAAUCCAAAAUGCUCUUUUUUUAUGUAAUUGAAAUCUAGCUAGCUUAUCAGCUGUACCGUAUAUACUGGCGCGCGCGCGCUUGCCGCGCACUUCCGGUAUACCGUAACACCGUGUUUAUACUUGUACUUCGAAGCUUCGCGUCGGAUUUGUCAAAGGCAAAGCAAGAUUGAAACAAGUGACGAAUCAAGGAGACGCUUGGAUUUAGUUGGAUUACAAGUACCUCUUUCAACAAUCGGCAAGAGAGAGUGAAGCAAAGUUUUCUGUCUGGAUUGGCAUACAGAUUUUAUAUUUUAGGAUUUACUAGUAACCUUCCAUUAUGGAAUAUUAUUUUUACAUAUUGGUUGUAGUAGCCCUGUUCCUAAAGCUUGGGCUUUAUUUCUGCUGGUAUCACAUGCGACGUCGUGCUGCUCUAGCCAGGGAGGUUCACAUCGUAAUGCCAGAUGGGACGACGAGACGAGCAGUGGUAACAGGUCGCUCAACACGAGGUAGAAAUAGACAGGAAGAUAGACAGAUCCUAGCCCAUGCCGACACCCUUCAACACAGUGAGAAUCAAGGUUUUGAAGAGCGACCAGCAUACCCCCAUGUUAUGACUGGUAACAGUCCAGUAGGGGCAUUCCCUGAGCCACCCCCUUACCCUGGUAUCAUAGGGGGAAUGGAACAAGGUAGUGAAUGGAAGCUACCUAAAUAUGAGGAUCUACCUCCACCGUACGUUAACUCCACCCCUACUGAAACAGGUUGCAGUGCCUCAGAAACCACAGUGCCUCUGCCAUCAUCACCACCACCACCAUCAAUAUCAGCAGAUACCACUCAGUCUAGUUAUACUUUACCCGGACCACCCCUCUACACAGUAUCAGCCACGCCCACUACAGGUGAACAGCCAGUGCAACAGACAGUAAAUACGUCCAUACCAUCACCGGAAUAUCGCAACUCAUGAAUAGAAUAAUAUAUGUUAUCUUUGAAUUUUAUUUCUCUUUCUUUAUUCCGUCUUUUGGCUUUUUAAUGGUGUCUGUCCAUGAUCUGUCUCUUGAUGAAGUUUGGAUCAGGGAUCCAAAUUGAAGUGAGAAUUUGUUUUUUUCAGUACAUCCCAACCCUCAAAGAUACUAUACAUGUAGGUGUGGAAUGAGGGUUAAACCUGUACAAGUUGAUAAUUUCCUUUGCCUCUGGUAGGCAAAUAGCUACACGAUGUCUGAUUUGAAAUGCCAUCGCAUAGGUUUUGAUAUCCAAUUGUGUGAAAAUAAUUGUGCAUUCCACUGUUGAAAGAUAUAUUCCGAAUAAAGAAAAUUGGAGAAUGAUGGUAAUUGCUCUAUACAGGGUUUCAAAGCCAAAGAUUUGGCAUUACCCAAUACAUGUACAUACAGCAGCCUGGAUUAUAAGUACACAGAACUCAUCAUCAUCUAUGUUAGCAAUGAUCCCCUUUCUGGUGUACUGCUCUUUUGAUGUAGUAUGAUAAUCUAAUUGUAAUUUCCUUUACUUUGCAGUAUCAUAAAAGAACUCUUAUCCAGCACAGUUAAAUACAUUGUGUAUGACAGCUGUGUUGUACAAAUUUAUGCUUUAAUAUAAAUAUUUGCACAAUUCAGAUAUUGGUCAUGGUAUUGAAAAGUACCUCAAAGUGAGUAGACCUAUAUAUAUCUUGUCCCAUGUAUUUGUUUCUUAUUAACGACUUUCAUCAGCAGAUACUGUAUACAGAAUAAUAUACCCAAUCUCUGUCAUCCCUUCAAGUUUAAUGUAUUAGCAUAAAUGCUAUGUGAAAACAAGUUAUUUUUGAAAUCUAUAAAUAUGUUUAUUAUUUUAUGUAUGUUGUCUCUGGCAUAUAAAGUUUAGCAGGAUACUUGGUAGCGAAACUCGCCUCUUGACCACUGGAACUUGAUUUCCAAAUUUCGUGGGUGUUUUGUUUUCUUUUUACAUUUAAAAGUGUAAUGUUGAAUAAGUAAGAUUUUUCUUGCAUAAUUUUCGUCAACUGAGCAUGAAAAAUAAAUCAGGACUUCAAUUUUCUUGAUCUAUAUAUUAUCAAUUGUCAAGUACUGUUAUCUUUCUUUCUUUGAAUUGCAGCUUUCCUCACUUUUUUAAAUCUCAAUUUGGUAUUUGAGCUAUUAUAUUUUCCAUAAGCUUUCAAGUGAUAAUUACACAACUCCCAUCAUGCAAUGCUAUACUUCUGUAAAAGUCAGUAAGAAAAGAAAGAAAGAAGCAGCACAAUUUUAUGUUACAACUCAUACAAAAUGCAUACAUCUUGUUAAUGUGUACAUGUAUAUUCAUGAUGAAGCAUUAAAAGUAAAAUGCCAUUUUGGUACGAUUGAAUACAAGCCAUUUCUCUUCAUCACGACAAUAAGAGUUAUAUGCCUUUUAUUGCAAAAUAAUUUUGGAACAGUGUUUAACGAUAUGCAGCAAUAUUGGAUAUUAUACUUUAAUUAUUUUGUGUGUUUUGGUAGAAAUCAGUGUGAUUAAAAAAGGACAAAUUGUCAGCAUUAUCAAAUUCGUCAGCAUUAUCAAAUUCCCAUAUAAUUAUUAUCAGUAGGUUUCUUCACUUCUACAUGUAGUUGUGUAUGCACUACAUCUCUCUCUAGAUUAAUGGUAUAAAUUAAAGAAUUAGGUGUGUAAAUAUCAAGUUUAUCAUCUAAUUAUUCUCUUUCCUUUCUUCUUUUAUAGUAUAUUGCUUAAGUUGUACUAACAGUAACAUAUUUGAAAAUUGUGUUUUUGAAUUAUUGAUAUAUUUUAUUUGUGCAUUAUUUUACAGUAGAACUUUUAAUUUCCCCUGGUUUCUGUGUUCCUUUUUUUCUAUUCUACACUUUAAUAUCAACACUAGUUCGUUGGCUGUUAUGAUUCUUAUUAUAUAUAGAUUUAUAUACUUUUCAAAGGACAAGAUGUAAUUUUUUAAAAUUUCUUGUAUAUGUACAUAUCAUGGUAAAUAAUGUGCCACUUGUGGUAAUGAAUUUAUGUGUAUAAAUAAUGUACAUGAUACAUGUAUGUAUUAAUUGAAUGGUUAUACCCUUCAUCUUGUUUUUUCUGUUCACAAACUGUAUGAGAGUGUUGUUCGAUGAGCAUUUUGGGGAAAAGUGCCAGUGUAUGUAAUACUUUAAUUUUUCCAAAUUGAAUUCCAUUCAUACAGUAUUGUACAUACAAUACGGAUAUCAUGGUGUGCCGAAGCUGCACAAGUAAAAAACACUUGGGCCCGUAUUCUGAAGUCAGGUUUAACUUAAACCAUGGUUUAAGUCUGCUAAAAUUAUGGGGAGCCAAACAUUUUAACAUUCUGUUUAUGUUGUAUAUUUCUUAUGUUUACAAUUUUGUUUCCUUUUGCUUUUAAAUGAUGAAAAAUACUUCAGUCAUCAUUCCCAGACAAUAUGGGUGUCAUAUGAAUUGAUAUUUAAAUUGGAUGUGUACUGUUAGGGAUUUGUGCCCCAACUGGCUCUCCAUAGUUAAACCACAACUUUAAACCAGGGUUUUAUUUAAACCCGAGUUUAGAAUACAGGCCAGUCUUUUAGUAUUUUGCAAUAUGCUGGUACAUUUUCAUCAUUAAAGGUCAAGUCCACCCCAGAAAAAUGAUGAUUUGAAUAAAUAGAGAAAAAUCCAACUAGCAAAAUGCUAAAAAUUUCAUCAAAAUCUGUUGUAAAAUAAGAAAGUUAUUACAUUUUAAAGUUUCGCUUAUUUUUCACGAAACAGUUAUAUGCACAUCUCAGUGACAUGCAAAUGAGAUAGGCGAUGAUGUGCAUCACUCACUAUUUCUUUUGUUUUUUAUUGUUUUAAUUAUACAAUAUUUCAUUUUUUACAGAUUUUACAAUAAGGACCAACUUGACUGAACCAUUUAGUACUAAAACAAUGCUAAUUCGACAUGUUCAGAGAGGAAUUAAUAUUUUCACUUGACAAUGAGGAGAAAAUUAUAAUAUUUCAUAUUUCAUAUAAUGAAAUACAAAAGAAAUAGUGAGUGGAUGACGUCAUCAGUCUCUUCAUUUGCAUACUGACCAGGAUGUGCAUAUAACUGUUUUUUUUAAUUAAGCGAAAAUUUAAAAUGUCAUAACUUUCUUAUUUUACAUCCGAUUUUGAUGAAAUUUUCAGUGACAUGCUUGUUCAAUUUUUCUCUUUUUAUUCAAAUCAACUAAUGGUUGGGGUGGACUUGUCCUUUAAUGACUGGUUUUAGUACCAACAUACAUGUAAUUCAUGUAAAUAAAAUUAUCAAAAAUCUAUCAUUAGUCAUUCUAUAGCCACCAGUAUAAUGUAAUUAUUAACUUCUACAAAUGCAUCCAUCCUGGUGCUUGUGGUUAGCAUUACAACAUUAAUGUGCAUUCAACAGUAAUUGCUACAGUAUAAAUGUUAUUACUCUUCUCGUUGAAUUAUUCCUGUAAUGAGAAGCACAAUAAAAGAUAUAUAUUUUUUUAUAUUUCUUGUUUAACUUUAAGAUAAGAGUUUGGAGUAAACACAUUUAUUGAUAC